AUGUGUCGAGCAGGUCUCACCCAGCCGACAAAGGCCUGCCUGAAAGAGCACACCAACGUCAUUGCCCGGGUUGGGCCCCGUCAUGCUUCGGUACUGAACAUGGCUGUCAGUGAUCAGUCUGGGCUCAACUUGGGAGGAAGUCGUCAUGCCAUCCGACCCACCAACCACUCCACCCAACCCACCAUCAAGAUGGACCCUUUCAAGCGCUCUAGCACCCCUGACAUGUUGAAGCGCUCUAGCACCCCUGAGAACAUCUUUCAAUACAACCCUCACCCAACUUCUCCCGGACCCAUUGUUGGGAAUAGUGGAUCAUCCGAGCAAGUCACUGGCUUGGCUGGUCAUUCCAUCCUGGCUCCGGAUGUGCCAGCAGUUAAGCGUUCACCAGCCAAGAAAAAACCGAACUUGCAUUCCCCCAGACCGCAGCUCCGACUUAGCCUCCGAAUCUUCAAUCAAGGACAUGGGCUUGGGAGCUUCACCACCCCAGCCAGUUACUUCUCAGUCAAAGAAACGCGCAAGUAUCGUAGCCAACUGCCACCUCCACAACACUGA